AUGAAUGUAGAGUCACGUAUCUCCACAAUCAAAAAAUAUAGUUAUUGCUAUAACUGCUUGGCCAUAUCACAUAGCUACAAGAACUGUGUGAGUAAUUUCUCGUGUCGUAAGUGUCACAAAAAACACAAUACUCUGAUACGCAGAGAAUCCAGCUUGCGACCAGAAUCCACUCCGGAAAUACCAAACGUCACUAGUUCGAACCCUGAAAACGCUUCAAGUACCGCACUACCCACCCAAAGCACAAAUACAAAUCGGCAAUCCUACACAACAACUAUACAGUCCACUAAAUCAUCAACCCAAGACCCACCCAACCCCAGUAGGAAGCAGAUAUUACUCGGUACUGCAAUGGUUCAAAUAGAACAUAAUGGCCAGCGAUAUUCCGCGAGAGCUCUUAUUGAUUCAGGAUCGGAAGCCACAUUUAUAUCUCGAAGACUUCAGAGAAGUUUGGAUAUACCCACCCACUCUGUAUCAGCCCAAGUGACCGGACUAAGCAAUGCAGUUUCAGCAACACCAACGAAUAUUUGUGAAAUCACGCUUUGCUCACUUUUAAACACAAAUUAUAAGCUAUCAGCACAGGCAUUUAUACUAAACAGCCUAACUGAUAAUUUACCCUCAUAUCCCAUAGAUCCAAUGCAGUGUCUUAAAAAUCUUGGAUUCACUUUAGCCGACACCCAAUUUCACAAACCCAGACCCGUGGAUAUACUAAUCGGUAGUGAUAUAUAUCCAAGUAUUUUACUCAAUGGAGUAAAGAGAAACGUACUAGGUUCACUCAUAGCUCAAGAGACAGAAUUCGGAUGGAUAUUGUCCGGAACCAUAUUCCAACCCUCACAAAAUUCCGCCAUAGUCUCAUUUCACAAUAAAGUGAACCCUGAGAAUCUACUCACACGUUUUUGGGAGGUGGAGGAAAUCCCAAAGGAAUCCGUAGUUUCCAAAUCGCACCAAAUUUGUGAGGAAAUUUUCCAAAAAACUACCCGUCGUAAUCCAGAUGGGCGCUAUGUAGUAACUCUACCCUUCAAAGAACCCGACAAUAUUGAUAUCGGAUACUCUAGACACAUAGCGUUGGCCCAAUUCCUCAGAAAUGAACGUGCUUUACUUAAAAAACCCGAAGUUAAGGCAGAAUAUGACAAAGCAAUUAUAGAAUAUUUGAAACUCGGACAAAUGAAGAAAGUAGAAUAUGACUCUUCUGGUAAAGCGACCCAAUAUUAUUUACCACACCACGCAGUCAUUAAACCCGACCGUUUAACCACGAAAUUGCGUGUGGUAUUUAAUGCAUCUUGCCCCACGUCAAGUCACAAAAGCUUGAAGGACGUCUUACAUAUCGGUCCUACUUUACAGAAAGAUCUUGUUAUUAUGGUCACAAAUUGGAGAUUCUUCCAAUUCGUUUUUGAUGCGGAUAUUCAAAAAAUGUACCGCCAAAUGCUCGUAGACCCUAAUCAUACUCGGUUCCAAAGGAUACUAUUUAGGAAGUCCCCGGAAGACACAAUAGAAGACUUCGAAUUGCAAACAGUCACGUUCAGCAUAAAUUGUGCGCCGUAUCUAGCGAUCCGUACCCUCAUGAAGCUAGCCGAUGAUGUAGAAGAAACCCACCCAUUAGCAGCCAAAAUACUUCGACAGGAAAUGUAUGUAGACGAUGUUUUAGCUGGAACUCUUGACCUGACCACGGCAAAGUCAGCACGAGAUGAACUCAUUUCCGCUCUGAAGUCCCCAGGAUUCGCUUUACGAAAAUGA